CUCGCAUGUUCCUCUUUCCUGCCCGUAGACCGAAGACACCAAGCCGUCGACGAUGCUUGUGCGGUAGCGAGCAUCACGCAGCGCUCCUGUCGCCAUGAGUGUGGAGCUUGCUCCGGGCUCCGUGCCCUUGAAGGAGGCCUCGAGCGAAGAGGUCAUCGCCUGGGUCAGGGCCGCCAUCGAGGCCAGUCAUGAAGACGCGAGGAAGGCCGACGAUGGGCCGACGAAUGUUGAGCUCCAGCAGAACGGCGUCACCGUCGAUCUGACGCACAAAAACAUCGUGGAGCUGCCCGAGGAAGCGAUUGAGAUCAUGAAGGUCGAGAUCGAGAGGUGAGUCGGGCCAAAUAACGUGACCGGCAUCUGCUGUGCUCGGCCUACCCAUCAUUCCUGCAAAACACGGAAUUGUGCUUGGUAGCCUUAAUGUCUGAUCCGUGCCAGGCUUGCAAUAUCCCACAAUCGGCUUACUUCUUUCCCUCUGAAGCUGGCCGACUGUCGACGGCUCCGCUACCUCAAUGUACGGUACAACGCACUCAAAGACGUGCCCAAAGCGAUCCUACAACUCGAAUCUUUGGAGAUUCUGGACCUGAGCCGAAACCGCAUCAAGGUUCUUCCCGAGGAAAUCGGAAACUUGACAUCAUUAAAAGUACUUGCCAUCUCGCGCAACCGUAUCGAGAGGCUUCCGAUAAGGCUAUGUGAACUUAGUAGGCUUCAGUUGCUCAAAUUUGAUGACAAUCCGCUGGUUUUCCCCCCUCCGGAGUCGUACUCCAUGGAUUCACUGCAGCCGAAGCCCACAGCGCCCGGAGAGCUAGAGGCGAUUGUAACUGGCAAGAUCAAACGAAGCCUCUACAAAGCGAGCAAGCGAGGUGCAUCCAGCAAAGAUCUUGACACCGAUUUUGACCCCGCCAAAACACCUCGACCAGCACCACGCAAGGGUUCUGGACGCUAUCCAGUCAAGGCCAGCAGAGACGACAUCGACCAGGCCGUGACUUCACCUCCAGACGCGCCUCCCGUUCCUUCUAUUCCAUCGAAGCAUCAGAUGCGAUCGGAUUUAUCUGUUCGAGGCGUCAGCCGCAGUCAGCGAGGACUCAACGCCAGUACGGACGCGCCAAUAUUAUGGUCUCCAAACUCUUCAUUUGAACGCCAGACUCCUUCCGACUACUCCAAUCAGCUCACCGGUUCGACGCUUCGAUCAGAUCAUCGCUCUCAUGCUAUAAUAACACCGAGGCUACCCCCCAGUUCCGCAAAGCUAUCUGAUUCAUCUACCUUGAUGACUUCACCAGACAGCUCUGAUGGAUCAGGUAUGACAGCCAUUCUCAUGGGCCAGGGUGGAAAUGUCGUUACCCAAUUUCAGCCGAAUCUUUCAAGGUCCAUAGACUCUGCCCGAAUCAUCUCAUUAUGGACAAAAGCCAUCGUUCACGGGUCGAGGGCCCUGCUAGCGUUCAUCAAAAUUCUAGAAUACAUUCGAGGAAGCGUCGUCAACGGAGAAUGGGGCGAAGCGCAACUCACACGAGUUGAUUCUCUCCUAAGAUCAUUGCGAAACGCACUACGAAGCCUAGAAGAUCGACGCUUGCUGCUGCCCAUCACCCAGACACCAAGGCAGAUGAACCUCAUAGGGAGAUCGAUCUCAAGCACACUGCUGCAAGUGUUUGAUCUCACAGGGGUAUCCCGAGCACUACUGCAAGACACACUCUCGAAGGUGGUAACGGACGAUGUCAUCACGAAGCUUCUCACCGUUUCCAUCGCUUUGGGCGACAACACGGAUCUAGCAUCAUGCAUUGCAACUGCACAGUAUCAGCUGAUCAGUGCUCGUGUGGUGAUGAUGAAGGCAAGGGCCCUCUUACCAUCUGAAUUCUUUCAAAAGCUUGAAGCAUCUCAAGCAAGUGUGGUAGCUCGUCGGCAUUAUGCUCCCUCGAUGGGAGCCAUUAGUACGAAUGCAUCUUCACUUGGAAACCCGUCAGUUAAUACGGCUGUCUCUCUGGCCGUCCGUCCAGUGCAGAGUGCCACGCAGUCACCAGUUGGUCUAAGCGCAAGCAGUUCCGUCGUCGACUUCCCCAGCUCAAUGAGCUUUGCGUCCUCGCCGACGGCAAGUGAGCCUCCUUUUAGCUCGUGGAGUAAUCGUAUGGUCGACCCUGAGGACGCUCGACGAACAGAAGUCCAGGAUCUUCAAUAUACGAGACUGCUCAGCCUGCUCAACAGAGUCAUACAGGCUUGCUUAAGCCCUGAGUAUUCUGCGCUCAAAUUCCUAACGGAGUGCAUUCAAGACAAAGAUCAACAGGUGCAAGCAAAUCCCGGCGCUCCUGGUAACACGCCAAUGGCAUUAAGGAUGUGGCAUGAGACCGCCGAAUCACUAACGAAGACCCUUGCAAUGGUCGAAAAGGUCGUAGAAUACCUUCCACUCGCCCCGACUGCCAAAGAGUUCAACGAAAUGCAGCAGCUUCAAGAAUACAUUCGAUUCAUGAUCUCGUUCUGGGGUGACUUCUGUGCCACUGUAUCCUCGAUCCGACGAGCAGGUUUGUGGAAGGGAAUGCCAGGGAUGAUUCCUAAAUACAUGCAAAUGAUACACGUUCCGAUUAAGGAGUUCUCAAAGUACCUCAAAGCAAGCCCCCAGUGGAUGCAUUUGGCGAUGGACACGAGUGUGCUUCCAGGGCGAGAGCAGGUGAUUGCCGCCCCCAACGGUGGCGAAAUAGCACCGGAGACGCCCAGUGAGAGCUUUCCCCCCACGCCGUUGGGAGCAGCGUUGGGACCCGCGGCGGCAGCAGCAAUGGCGAGACCGAAUGCUGCCUUCAUGUCCAGGUACGACCAAUAUGCAAGUGCGACGAAUCGGAGGUACUAGAUGUCAGUGAGGCAAAAGACUCGCCAUUUGAAGAUUGUAAAAUUCUUAUCACCUGUAUGGGUAUCGGAUGGCACAUUAUAUCUGCUGGUAUCGGAUAGUGCCCGUUGUACGGUUUUUGUGAAAUGUCUAAUUGCACACGCAAGCCAUAGCAUAGCGAAACACUGUAUUUUCAAGAUGCAAUUAAAUGCUUUACGCUCAGGUUAUCGAA